UCUCUCAACCAUCUUCUCACUCACACAAACCAAUGAACCAGACCCACAUUGCUCACCACCCAAACACGGUCUUAUAUUACAGCGAGAGAGCCUGAGAGAAAAUGAGGGGAAGUGGGGAGGUUGCUGUUAGUUGAAUCAACUGCCAAGUUCAUAAGCAAAGAGCCAAUCACUCAUCAAUCAUUAGAAGAUGCUGCUACAUCGGAGAGAAAGUGAGAGAAAAUGAGAGAGGGGGGAAAAAUGACGAUGUCUUCUUGGAUCACUGAGGAAACAAAACAAAGUUUUGGACAACUUAUCUGAAAGGCAACAACCUAUGAUGUGUUAGCAGCCUAAUUCAAAAUGAACAAACCAAUCCCACAUUAAUCAGCCAAACACGGCCUUAUAUCGGAGAGACAAAAAACUAGAGAAAGCGAAGGAAAGCGGGAAGGUUGCUCCUCUUGAAUCAAUCAACUUGAAAAUGGUGAAGAAAUGAAAGAGACGAAAGUUUUAGAAGUUUGCUCACUGGUAUGUGGGAGAAUGGGCUAGCUUGCUCUUCUUGAACCAACUGGGUGGGUUUUCCAGGAGAUGAAAUCUGUGUAGUAAUCCCACAUUCAAUGGCAACUUACACUGAUCAUCAGCAAGCUUACUGUGACAACUGGGGCUGCUCUGAUCUGCCAUCUGAACACGAAGACCCUCAGGGUAUUUCCAUCUCUGAAAUUCUGAAUCAUGGCUCCAUAUCGUUUGGAAGAUAUGCUGCUGAGCCACUUGCAUGGGAGAAAUGGUCGGUUUUCUCUCACAAUAGAUGUCAAGAGGAGCUGGAGAAGUUCAAGGCCCCUGGUCUAGUUGCUCAAAAGAAGGCAUACUUUGAGGAAUAUUACAGAAGGAUUAGGGCUCUGAAGGCAGCAGAAGCUGAGGCACAGAAGCAAGAGACCACCCACCACCCUGAACCUUAUCAAGAUGACCUGACUGCUACCACAAGUGCUGAAGACAGUAUCAACGAUACUGGGUCAAAAGAAGAAGAGCAAACUAGUGUUGUUACUCAAAUUCAAUUCUCAGAUACUGAAACCACCUUUCCGAACUUGUCUGGAGACAGCAUUGAGAAUAAAUCAGAAGUUGCUGAGCAACAAAGAAGUUAUAUUUCAAGCUCUAAUGGCGAAGCCAGUGUGGGAUACGAAGCUGAUGUCUCCUAUUCUGCUCUUGAUCUGGCACAUUCUCCAGAAGUGGCCUCCCAAGAGCCUGUUCCACAGAGCGAUAGUAGCUCAGAAGCUGCCCAGCAAAACGGCCUUGUUUCUGACAUGGGCACGGUCAAUCUCAGUUCCAGCAAGCGGGAAGAUCAUGCACCUGUUUUGAAGCCUAAGGGCACUGUGGCUUCAGCUAGAAAUAAAGCAAAGUUGGACUGCAGAACUAGGAACAAUGUGCAGAAACCGUCCGAGAAGCUAAAGCCAUCUUCUCAGAAGAAAGUUGCUGGAAAUGCAGGUGGCAAACUCCAAGCGAGCAGAAAAACUACUCCUAAGCCUGCAGGAAACAUGAGACCAAACUCUGUUUCUUCACAUAGACCACCACCUACUAAAGUACCCACCGGAGCCACAGUUUUGCACUCAUCCAUUGCAAGGGAUAAGCCAGUGCCAUCUCCUUCCACUAUUAGAUCUGUUCAAACAAUGAUAAGUUUAAACCCAAAAGUCUUGCCAGAGAAGUUAACAUCAAGGUUGCCAGUUAAUACACUGAGCCGUUCGGCUGUUCAGAGCACACCAAAGGAGAUCACCAUUAAAGAUGGCAUGAGAAAUGUAGCUACAGAGAACAGGUCUGUCAGGGGUGGAGUUGCUAGGAAGUCUUUAGAUUUGACUGGCUGCAACAUGACGCCAAAGGGAGGACAAUCUGAGAAGCUAAGGCCAAAAGCCAUGUCUACAACCCUUCCUGCCCGGAAUAAAUCAAAUCAAAACAGUGGAAUUGAGUUUUUGCACAGGAGCUACAAUAGAGGACACCAAAAAGAGGUUAUGCCUAACCCCAUUCUUCCACUACAGGGAAAAGAUCAAACUAAUGCAGGUCAGCGAAGAUAUCCAAAGCCAGCCUUAUCUAGUGCUCCUAGCAUUCAUAAGCCUCCAAGUCCAAGACCUAGGAAGAUUACACCAUUGCAGUCAGCUGAGCUGAUGCGGAAUCAAAGGGAACCCAGACCCAAGACACCAUGUUGGCGAUGAAGGUAGAAACAAGAGAGAACCACACAGAAGAGUUGGUUGUUAUUGUAGCCCAUUGGCUUGGCUUGGGCACAACUUUGGAUUCAAGAAAGCAAACAGACACCAUCAAGAAGGUGAUUCACGCACCAGUGUACAGACAUGUACAAAUAGGUUUAAAGAGAAGAACAAUUGGUUUUGCAUAGCCAAGGCACUAUUGUCCAACAACCAUAUCAGUAUGUAUGGUGCCAACAACCAUAUUAGUAUGUAUGAUUUCUGAGUGAUCGCGGUAUGUAUAAUGGCAUUUACCAAGACUCUAGUAGAAACUCAGACUUUAUUGCCAGAGGUAUGAUAAGUAAGCUUCCGGCAGACUGAUUUGUGGUCUGGAUUGUGUGGUUGGAAACCUGGAACAUUUCCUUCCCAGAAGAUUAUAAUUCAGGUUUACACUGUGGAGGAGAGAAUGUUUCUAUGUCUCGAAAAUGUAAGCACUUUUUUUGUAUAUUUGAAAAUUUCCUCAAGGAAUUUCUGUUU